AUGCGGUUAGGAAAACCUAAAGGAGGUAUAUCUCGGAGCUCAAGCCAAGGAAAAGUCUAUGAGAACCAGCGCAAAACAGGCCGGCAGCGGCAGAGAUGGGGGAUGACUGUCCGAUUUGACUCAAGCUUGAGUAGACUGAGAAGAAGCUUGGAUGAGAAGCCUUAUAAAUGUGUUGAAUGUGAAAAGAGCUUCAGUCAGAGCUCAACUCUUUUUCAACACCAGAAGAUCCAUACUGGAAAGAAAUCCCAUAAAUGUGCGGAUUGUGGGAAAAGUUUCUUUCAGAGUUCUAAUCUCAUUCAGCAUCGCCGCAUCCACACCGGGGAAAAGCCCUAUAAAUGCGAUGAGUGUGGAGAGAGGUUUAAACAGAGCUCAAAUCUCAUUCAGCACCAGAGAAUUCAUACUGGAGAAAAACCCUAUCAGUGUGAUGAAUGUGGCCGAUGCUUCAGCCAGAGUUCCCACCUCAUUCAGCAUCAGAGAACCCACACUGGGGAGAAACCAUACCAGUGCAGUGAAUGUGGCAAAUGCUUCAGCCAGAGCUCUCACCUUAGGCAGCACAUGAAGGUACACAAAGAAGAGAAGCCCCGUAAAACCCGAGGCAAAAAUAUUAGGGCAAAAACUCACUUGGUAUCAUCUUGGAAAGCUGGUAAAGGAAGAAAGUCAGUGGCUGGUCUCCGCUAA